AUGGGCGACGACAACCUGAGGUCAGAGGUCGUGAAGUCAGAAGAACCGGGAAGGAGGUACGUUCUGGACCCCUCUUUCCCAAAUCAGCCACCGAGGCCCUCAUGGGUGGGUCACCUUAAGCGACUUGGCGCGCCCAAGCGCCAAGGCCACACGCUCUCAGGAAGCGCCAAGCGCUGUAAGAAGACCAGCAACGGCCCCACUGCCGACACCCCCGGCACCGCAACUGCCGAAUCACCGCUCUCGAAUCCCCCACGUGCUGGGUCCCGUCGCUUCGUGUGGAUUUUCCCCAGCUGCAUCCCCGGAGCUGCUCACCUUCGAUAUCGCAACUCAGUCGCCAGCACCAUCAGAUCAACCGUCCCCCAAAUGACUUGA